AUGCCUAAUUUGAUGGCGAGCCCCGUGGACAGCGUUGGCCCCAAACUUCUCAGCUCCCCUGCACGACUCGUGCAUGUCUUCAUCCCAUCGCCAUCCAACACAACAGCCAUGGCCGACAUUCUGAAGAACGUGCUCGGUGUCAAGCAAGGCGAGGCGGGAGCCAAGGCCGAUUCAGACUUUGCCGAUUUCGCCUCCGCUCCCGACCCUGCUCCCGUUGCCGGUGCCACCCUCGGCGGCGCGACUCCUCUUGCGACCGGUCGACCAUUCACCAAGUGGUACAACAUCCAUGAGCGCCACUCCCUGUCCGAGUUCAAGGUGGAGGGUGUGAUCCUCCUCGUGACGGCCUUCAUCUUCAUCUUCCACUUCUUUGGUGCUGGUUCCAACCGCAACAAGGCCAGGAAAUGGAUGCGCGCCCACGCCGCUGCCCUGCAAAACGAGUUUGCGCUCGUCGGCUACGGCCGCGCACCCACCGCCGAGGAUGCCAAUCCCGAUACCCUGCUCAAGGAGAAGUCACUCUUUGAGUUUGCCAGCUACGCGACCGGCCGCAAGAACAUUGCUUUCAUGGACAUUAAGAUUACCCUGACCAAGAAGUUCAACCCCAUCGUGUACCUCUUCGAGACGGUUGGCAGCUUCCUCGUCGAGUCCAUGGGCCCCGCGCCCGAGGAGAUUGCCGAGGUGCUCAUCUACCCCUUUGACGGCAAGGAGAACCUGACGGUGCCCCGACGCCGCGGCGCCGAGGAGAGCGAGCCUGUGCCCGACUCCAAAAGCCAGUUUGACGGCUUCGUCUGGGCGGUGGUCAACAAGACGCGCAUGCAGCGUCUUCGCGACCAGCGCUACGACGUCUCCCUGACGGUCACCAAGGACAACUCCAAGCUGCCCGAGUGGCUCACCGUCAUGAGCGAGAGCGCCGAGGUCACCGACACCUUCCUCACCGCCGACCUCACCGCCGCCAUUGUCGCGCUCGGCGACAACUUCCAGUACCUCGUCAUCUCGGACCAGCCCAUUGACAGCCCGACGACGCUCGACGAGACCACGCCCCGCAAGCGCCUGCACCUCAAGUACAGCCUGCCCGCCGACGGCAGCUACGACGCCUACGUGCCGCUCUUUGAGUACCUGCUGCGCCUGCCCGACCAGCUCGUCGCCCAGGCCCACUUCCGCCCCGAGGUCCUCAAGAAGAUCCGCAACGUCCGCGAGCAAAAGAUUAACCAGAUCAAAAAGGUGGCCGAGGAGGAGCGCGCCGAGGAGCGCGCCGCUGAAAAGGAAAAGGCAAAGAAGGCCAAGCGCGACGCCGAGCUCGCGGGGCUCGACGCCAAGGCCCAGAAGAAGUAUCUCGAGAAGGAGCAGGCCAAGGAGCAGCGCAAGGCCCAGAAGAAGAUGACCAUGCGGUAG